AUGGUCUGUAGGAGUUGUAUUGUCUUGGCCCUGAACAACAAGCCUGCUUGCCCUGUUUGCAAGCUACAUGUUAACCAGGCUAAGCUAGGAAACCAUUUGAAGCGUGACAAUACACUUCAAACGCUGGUAUACAAUCUGGUGCCUGGCCUCUAUGAGUCUGAGAUGACGAGGAAAAAGACGUUCUACGAGAAACGUGGCUUUAAAGGCUGUGAUAAGCAGGAUGUUGAUACAACAAAAUAAUGAGAAGCAUACUUAAAAUGUUGUCUACAAGUUUCUACAGUUAAAAAUAAAUCUGGUAUACG